AAGUGCAGGGAGAACCCCACACGAGGCGCCAGUUGCACGGUGUCGUUGGGUGUUGUUUCGUUUCUCUCUACUGCGCGCCCUCUCGGUUAAUUGAAAUAAAAGGCUGAGCUUGGACAGCACAUAUUGCUAUUAACAAAGGACAGGUUCAUAAUAAAAUGCAGCCUGCAACUGCAAAGUGGUAUGACAGACGAGACUAUGUCUUCAUUGAGUUUUGUGUAGAAGAUAGUAAAGAUGUUCACGUAAAAUUUGAAAAGUCAAAGUUUGAUUUCAGCUGUCUUGGUGGAACAGAUAACAUCAAACAUCUGAAUGAAGUUGACCUUUAUGGAGCAAUUGAUCAAAAUGAUUCCAAACACAGGCGAACAGAUCGAUCUGUUCUGUGCUGCUUACGGAAAGCAGACCCUGGGAAGUCCUGGCCACGGCUAACCAAAGACAAGGCCAAGCUGAACUGGCUCAGUGUCGACUUCAACAACUGGAAGGACUGGGAGGACGACUCCGACGAAGAACUGUCCAACUUCGACAACUUCUCAGAGAUGAUGAACAACAUGGGAGGGGAGGAUGACUUGGCAGAUGUGGAUGGUGGAGAUGAGGAUUCUGCAGAUAGUGAUGAUGAAAAAAUGCCUGAUUUGGAGUGAUGGAGACCAGGAGGUAGCUGUGAAGAACUAUUGCAUAACCUAACAAAUCAAAAGAGGACAACAGAUAGCAUUUUUUUUUGUACAAAACCCCCCCUUUGUGUUUUUCCAAGAGCAGUUUCCCCCGAAACAGUCGCAGGCAGCUCUAUGGGUUGAUAUUCAUCCACUGUUCCACACCGCUGUUCCCAUGGGCUGUUCCCGGCUGUGCGACUCCCCAUCUCUUCCUCUCCCAGGUCUCAACUGGAGCACAACCCCCGCAGUGACUGAUGACAACAGAAGUUUGAAAUCUCAUGAAGAGUAAUAAAAAGCUUUGUCUAACCCUCCUAAUGGGGGUACGUUCUGUGUUGGAGAAGUUUUGCAUUAUUCUUUGCUCAUGAAACAAAAUGAUGGUGAAGGCUCUCAAAAAUUGGCCUAAAUUUCAAUACAGCUUUUCACUCUUAAUUUACCUGGUGUUGUUCACACUAAAUGGAAACUAUUUCUGGCACAGUAUCUUACAUUUUAACAGUUGUAAAUACUGUUUAUAAACAUUUGUUUGGACUUUCAUAAAUGUUCCAAUGUUCUACUAGAAAUGGUUUUCCCACUUCUAAUGGCGUGUACUUAUUCUUUUCGCAAGGGUAAUUUACAUUUUAUGUUCAUGAAGUUAUCUUUCAUUACCAACUACAAGCUUGUAAUGGUUAACAUGCAUACUUUCAUCACUGUAAAAGAGGAACAGGUAUACAGAUAUUAAAACAAUUCUUCCAUGUGCGAGUUGGAGAAGCUCAAAUAUGUCUGUACUGAAUGUUUGACCAACAGACUCAUGUAGUCGCGCAAACACACGUGUGUACAUACCAACACAUGCACAUGCAUAUGCCUGCACGUGUGCACAUUGUAGCCUCUAAAUGUAUGCAUACUAAACUAACAAAGAUUGUGCUGAUGCCAGAAAUGUAAGUGUGGUGUUCUCCCAGUUCAUCCAUCUGAGCAACAAAAAAUCCUGACUGCACUGUUUCCAGGAAGUCUUUUUUGGUUAUUAUCAAGGGUAUGAAUAUACUUGGAGGCUGCAGUUUGUGUGAGUGUCUGUAAUGUGUGUAGGGUUCAUGAGUAAAUUUGAAGCCUCUGGUUAGUCUGAUAAUUCUAAUGUACGAAAUAGACAGUAAACAAAUGGAUGACCAAAUUGUAUUUGCACUGUCAAAAAUUAAUGCAAGUGUAGGUAAAAUAAGUAUACAUAUUAUGCACUAUUCUUACUUUGUAUGUCAACCUGCCAGCCUUUAAAGGGCUGGACUUCAGUUUUGUUGAAAUGCAGUGGGGAGCUUUUUUUAUUGUCUACAUCUUUAUAAUAAACUUAAGACACCUUUGACAGCG